GUCAUGGCAGCCGACGAGAAGGACCCGUUGAGCUAUUUCGCGGCUUACGGGAGCAGCAGCUCAGGCUCCUCGGCCGAGGAGGACGACAGCGAGCCGGAGGAGACGAGUCGCAGGGCCCCGGAUCCGGCAAACCCUGCGGGCGGCUGUGGAAACAAGGCGGAGAAGCGGCUGCCGGGACCCGACGAGCUGUUCCGGAGCGUGACUCGCCCGGCCUUUCUCUACAAUCCUCUCAACAAGCAGAUAGACUGGGAGAGGCACGUUGUCAAGGCGCCUGAGGAGCCUCCAAAAGAAUUCAAAGUAUGGAAGUCAAACUACGUACCACCUCCGGAGACCUACACUACUGAAAAGAAGCCACCACCUCCAGAGCUGGAUAUGGCAAUAAAAUGGUCUAACAUAUAUGAGGACAAUGGUGAUGAUGCCCCCCAGAAUGCUAAGAAAGCCCGGCUUCUACCAGAGGGGGAGGAGACAGUGGAAUCAGAUGAUGAAAAAGAAGAGCAUACACCUAAAAAGCGCAAGAUGGAAUCAGGAGAACCAGCAAAGAAGAAAAAGUAGAAAAAAAAAAAGACAAAAAUUUCUGGACUGUGAAACUUGUUGAAAUGUUUCUUUGGGCAGAUUAAGUUAAUACUGUAAAUUAUUAUGACACAACAUCUCCAUGAAAGUGCAUAUGUUAAUUAACUAAUAAGUAUUGUCAUAGGAACUUUCCACUGAAGAACACAUUUUUUAUUUAAAACCUGUAUGUAUUUCAAACUCAAAUGGUGACUUGUGAUUGUGGAAUUGACAACACUUGGAUGCAUUCUUGCUAUCACAAAAUGGGUGACAUGCUUUGAGAGUUUUGUCAUGUGUUGACAUGCCAAUGUUUUAUGAACCUUUUAUAAAGGAAUAUAUUUUUAAAGUAAAUGUGUUGUAAUGUACUGUGAACUUGUAGGGUGCUUUUCAGCAGUGUACAGUGUAAAUAGAUCAUGGAAAUAAAAGUACUUAUUCAAUAUUACUAUUACUGUAUAACAUUAACAUUUAAAUAUUUGUGAUAAGUAGCGUCUUUGCCAGGUGACGUUUUAGGUUGUAAAAGUAUUACCGUUUAGGGAGUGCCUCCUAUGGUCCAGGUGUUUGUGUGUAUGUUAUCUCUGUUCCUUAACCUAGUAAAGUAAGUAUUAUUACCCUCAUUUUACAAUAAAGAGAGAUUAAGUAACUUGUC